CAUGGCUCACAGCACAUGGUUGGAGAAGGCCAAGGAAGAAAAAGUCCAGCCAGGCAGCAAGACACGGUCGCACCUGGUGCGCCUCUCUCUGGAGCCUGGCUUCCCCAGCAGCCGGGUGGCCCAGGCAUACCUCGAGCCCACCGUGGACGAGUCACGCGAGACCUUUUCCUGGGGCACUCCAGACCUGGAUGCCUUGCGGACGUAUGCAAACCAGAAACUUGGCUGGAGCCGGGAAAAGCUGGACGACCUUUUGCUGCCAGUGCUGAAGCGUAUGGGCGCAAAGCAAAAACAGACUCGUAUGGAGCAAUAUCUGGAGGCAUGCCAGGCACCACCUAAACCCAAGCUGUUCCCAAGCAAGCGGCUUACUAAGGCCGUGGGCAAGCUGGCACCAUCUAAAAGGGUGAAGAUUCAGGAGCCACAGCUUUCUGAAGACAGCGACUCAAGCUAGCAGCACAAAUGCACUCUUCUUGGACAGUGAAACAUCACAUUGAGCAAAGGGCAUCAUUGAACGUGCCUCCUGCAUUAAAACGGAAAGAACAGCUGACAUUGUCCGCCACGGUGGAUCAGUGGUUGUGGUGCUCGGCUGCUGACCCAAAGGUCGCGGGUUCGAUUCCUGCAGUGGCGGUUGCAUUUUGGUGGAGGUGAAAUGGUACAGGUCCAUGUACUGUGCGAUGUCAGUGCACGUUAAAGAACACCAGAUGGUCGAAAUUUCCGGAGCCCUCCACUAUGGCGUCCCUCAUAAUCAUAUCAUGGGU